AUGACAGCCAAAUUUGAAUAUACAAAAUCGUCUUACGGAGAAAUGUUUCAAGUAUUAAAAUCCUUACGCCAACAUGGGCUUUUUUCUGACAUUAAAUUGGAAACAGAUGAUGGGACAAUAAUAUUUGGACAUAAAGUGAUAUUAGCAUCGGCUAGUCCAUAUUUCCAGGCAAUGUUUACAAAUUUUGGUGAAAAGAACAAAGAUCAUGUUGUUAUAAGACAAUUAGAUUCUAUUAUCUUACAACUAUUAGUAGACUUUAUAUAUUCCGGAACAAUCCUGAUAACCAAAAAAAAUGUACAGGAUUUGUUAGCAGCAUCUAAUCUGUUGCAGUUAAACGAUUUAAAAGAGACAUGCUGUGAAUUUUUUCAGAAACAACUGCACCCUACAAAUUGUCUUGGUAUAAAAGCUUUUGCUGAUGUACACAGCUGUACAAAAUUAUUAUCAAGUUCAGAAUUGUACAUUAAACAAUACUUUUUAAAAGUGGUUGAGUCUGAAGAGUUCCUAUCCUUAUCAUCUGAAGAGUUAGUUAAGUUGAUCUCUUGUGAUGAGCUUAAGGUGUCAUCUGAAGAAGAAGUAUUUGAAAGUGUUCUUCGUUGGGUUAAAAAUGAAUUGGAUUCAAGAAAAUGUUUUUUACCUCAACUAAUGGAGCAUGUUCGUUUAGCAUUUACAUCGGAAAAUUAUAUAAUUCAAAAAGUACUGAAGGAACCAAUUCUUAAUAAUUGCCUUAAAUGUAAAGAGUAUAUAAAUGAGGUUUUACAUUUUCAUUUUCCUAAAAGACAUGAGUCAGAUCAAGUUAUCCCUAUUCCAGAACGCAUCCGGUAUAAGCCUAGACUUGAAGAUAAAGUAUGA